AUGCCCUUCCCCAACAGCUCUGACCUCAGCUCAUCCUCCUUCAUCUUGGCCAGCAUCCCAGGACUGGAGACUGCCCAUUUCUGGAUGGCAAUCCUGCUGUGCUCCAUGUACAUCUUGGCAGUCACAGGUAACUGUGUGGUGCUCUUCAUCGUGAAGACGGAGCCCAGCCUCCACGCUCCCAUGUACUUCUUCCUCUGCAUGCUGGCUGUCAUCGACCUGGCCUUGUCCACAUCCACGGUGCCACGCAUCCUCUCCUUCUACUGGUUCAACACCAGGGAGAUCAGCUUCAGUGCUUGCCUUGUCCAGAUGUUCUUCAUCCACACCCUCUCAGCCAUCGAGUCUACUGUCCUCCUGGCCAUGGCUGUGGACCGGUACGUGGCCAUUUGCCACCCACUGAGACACGCUGCCAUCCUCACCAACGCUGCAACAGUGAAAAUAGGGCUGGUAGCCAUGGCCAGGGGAGUCACCUUCUUCCUGCCUUUGCCUUUGCUCCUCCUGCCCCUUCCCUUCUGCCACUCCCGGCUGCUGUCACACUCCUUCUGCCUGCACCAGGACGUGAUGAACCUGGCCUGUGCCAACACCACCCCCAGCAUGGUGUAUGGCCUCACUGCCAUCCUGCUGGUCAUGGGGCUGGACGCCAUCCUCAUCUGCCUCUCCUACAUCCUGAUCCUCAAGGCUGUGUUGCGGCUGGCGUCGUGGAAGGAGAGGCUCAAGGUAUUCAGCACCUGCAUUGCCCAUAUCUCCGUGGUCCUGGCUUUCUACGUGCCCCUGAUUGGGCUGUCAGUGGUGCACAGGUUUGGGAAGGACCUGGCUCCACUGGUCCAUAUCAUCAUGGGCAACGUCUACAUCCUGGUGCCCGCUGUGAUCAACCCUAUCAUCUACGGAGUGAGGACCAAAGAGAUACAGAGGAGGAUCCUGAAUUUAAUUCAUAUAAACAAUGACAGAACUGCCCAGUGA